AUGCAUGUGUCGAGUGAGUGGCACGACCUCCAGGGCUGGCCAGACCUCGAUAUUGGCCACGAGGCUCUCACCGACGCCCCGAGGGGUAGCACGGUUCUUACCGAUAUCAAUGGUGCUUAUGGAAUCGUGGCCUUCUUGGUCGGUCAAGAGGAGAUUGAGGCCUCGAUAGGACCGAGAUGCGGCCACAUCGGGACACCGAACGACGCACGCCGCCCAGAAUAUUGA